CCCUCCCGCGACCGACCAGUUGAAAUCAUCCUUGCGCGCUUGGGAGGUGAUCCAGGAUUUCGGAAGAGGAGAGGACGGAGAGACAUCACCCACACUGCUCGACAAACAUGCAGAUACUCGGGGUCCCUUUUUUGCUGUUUUGGCUCAUUUUGGGCCACUCCUGCGCUCUCGGCGGAAAAGUCAACAAGCACAAGCCAUGGAUAGAAACAUCUUACCAUGGUGUGAUCACAGAGAACAUGGACACGGUGCUGCUGGACCCUCCGCUGGUAGCGCUGGACAAGGAUGCCCCGGUCCCCUAUGCUGGGGAGAUUUGUGCCUUUAAGAUCUAUGGCCAGGAUGCUCCAUUUGAGGCAGUGGUGUUGAAUCGCACAUCAGGAGAGGGAGUCCUGCGGGCCAGUAGCCCUGUGGACUGUGAGAGCCAGAAAGAGUAUACCUUCAUAAUCCAGGCCUACGACUGUGGGGCCGGACCCAGCGGGGCCGACUGGAAGAAAUCCCACAAGGCGGUGGUUCACAUCCAGGUGGAUGAUGUCAAUGAGUUCUGCCCCGUGUUUCGGGAGCCACUUUACAAGGCAUCGGUAACAGAGGGCAAAAUCUACGACAGCAUUUUGCAGGUGGAAGCUUGGGACCAAGACUGUUCACCACAGUACAGCCAGAUCUGCAACUAUGAGAUUGUCACUGCAGGGACGCCAUUUGCAAUAGACCGCAAUGGAAACAUCAGAAACACAGAGCGGCUGAGCUAUGACAAGCAGCAAAGCUACAAGAUUAUGGUGACGGCCUUUGACUGCGGUCAGAAGAGAGCAAAGGAGGAUGUGGCUGUGAAUAUUGAUGUCAAGCCUGUCUGCAAACCCGGAUGGCAAGGUUGGAACAAGCUGGUGGACUAUGAGCCAGGGACUGGAAGCAGGCAGCUGUUUCCCAAGAUGCACAUAGAAACGUGUGGAGGUCCUCUGUCUGGCGUGAAGGCGAUGUUAGAGCUACAGACCAUUCACAUCGGGAAGGGCUGUGAUCGGGAAACAUACUCUGAGAAGUCUCUGCAAAAACUCUGUGGUGCAGCAUCAGGCAGCACUGACCUCCUUCCUGCCUCCGGCCCUUCCACAAACUGGACGGCAUCUCUGCUGACCGACAGCAGCCGCGACAGCGACCUCAUCUACAGAUUCGACGGACAUCAGGCUGCUAAUGUUCCGGAUCACGUGGUGCCCCAAAACCUGACGGACCAGUUCACCAUAGCAACAUGGAUGAAACACGGGCCCAGUCCAGGACUCAGAGCUCAGAAGGAAACCUUACUGUGUAACUCUGACAAGACUGAAAUGAACCGCCACCAUUACUCGCUGUAUGUCCACAACUGCCGUCUGGUGUUCCUGCUCAGAAGAGAUUUCACUCAGGUCGACACUUUCAGACCUGCAGAGUUCCACUGGAAACUGGAGCAGAUCUGUGACAAGGAAUGGCACUAUUAUGUGAUCAACGCAGAAUUUCCUGCAGUGACACUAUUUGUGGAUGGGGUGACCUAUGAACCCUACCUGGUGACAGAUGACUGGCCGAUCCACACCGCAAAGAUUGAUACACAGUUAACUGUGGGCGCCUGCUGGCAAGGUGGUGAGGUAGACACCCCGAGGUUCACCCAGUACUUCCAUGGCAGCCUGUCAGGUCUGACAAUCCGACCAGGCCGCAUUGAAACCCAGAAGGUUAUUUCCUGUUUGCAGGCCUGCAAAGAAGGCCUCGAUAUCAACUCCCUUGAAAGCCUCGCUAAGGACAUUAAGUUCCAUUUUAACCCCGCCCAGUCUGUGCUGGUGGUGGAAGGAGAAGAUCUGGACAGCAUCAACACAGCCAUGUCAAAGGUCUCCUACAUUAACUCUCGCCAGUUCCCUACGCCCGGCCUCCGACAGCUACACAUCACCACCAGCGUACAGUGUUUUGGUGAGGACACGUGUCUCUCCAUCCCAGACAUCAAGUCAGUGGUUAUGGUCCUGCCGCCCAGUGAACCGAGAAUCACCAUUGCAGGAUCUAAUCGGCUCGUCAGGCCCGCCAAUGACCUGCGGGGCCCGCUGGGUGUGGCACCCUUCAAAGAGCUUCACAUCACCAGCACAGUAAUGAAGGGAGACAGCUUUGGUGGAUCCCAUAGACAAGGUGUGAUGGAGGUGAUGCAUAACUUGGACUACUGCGAUGUGCUGGUAAUUGGGGAAGAACUGAAUCCUGAGAGAGAGAGUUUGGAGAUUCAUCACAGUGCCUUGUUGGGAAAACACCUGGAUGCCACCAACUCCACCUCUGGAAUAUCAAUAUAUGGUGUGGACUCCAUGGCCCACUAUGAGCAGGCACUGAGACAGCUACGCUACAGGAACUGGCGACCAGCCGCCCUGAGUGAGAGAAAGUUCAGACUCACCUGCUCUGAACUCAACGGACGUUACACCAGCAAUGAGUUCAAUUUGGAGGUUAGUGCUCUUCACCACUCAGCACCUGUGGAACAUGUCAAUCAUAUGGCUGCCCAACCUCAGUACAUGAGACCUGUCCAUCACCCGCUCAUGAUACACACUCUCAACUCGCACAUGUCAGGAGCAGCACCACCAGCAGCCACAGCAGUUAUUGUGGUCUGUAUCGCCGCCCUGGUGGUGAUUGUGGUCAUUGGCGUGUACAGGAUCCACGCCACACAUCAGGAGGGGUCCAGAGAAGAUGAGGAGGAGGUCAAAGACACUGAGGAAGACUGGGACAACUCUGCACUCACCAUCACUGUCAACCCCAUGGAGAACGUAGGAGGAGCUCAGGCACAUGAUGAGGAGGUAAAAGAAGAAGAGCGUGAUGAGGAGGAAGAAGAAGAGGAUGAGGAACAGGUGGGAGGAAUGACAAGUGCCGAGUCCGACAACAGUGAUGCAGAUGAAGAGGACGGAGAAGAAGAGAGAGAAGAGGUGAAAGAGAGGAAGCAGAAGGAAAAACUAGAGUGGGACAGUUCCUCCACAACAUACUGACCACACAUACAUAAACAUAUAUCUGCACAUACAAACAUUCUUUACAUAUAUGUCUCUCUCUCUCUGUCUCUCUGUCUCUGUGUCUCUGUGUCUAUCCCUCUCUCUCUAUCAAUCACACACACACACAGACACGCACACAAACAUGCGUUAGGCAUGCUCGCUACAGGUAGGGCCUACAAACACACACACACAACAAACAAAUCAGAAUCUCUGAUAAAAUUAUUUACAAACUGUUGCUGGAAAAAAACACUUUGAAUCUUCCCACGUUGUCCUUUUUUAAUGACACAUCUCCCUCUGCUGGACAAAGUCAGAACAACAGAAUCAGCUGCAGUCCCACACUGCUGGAAAACAUUGUCUGUGCAUUAUGUAUAUUAUCAUUCGCAGUCAAUGAAGCUAAAUAUAGGAUGAAUAUCAAACAAGCACAGUCUUCUCAUUAUAUAUUCACACUUAUGUGAUGAAAUUAAAUCUAAACUCUUGAAUUUAGUGACACAAGUGAUCUCCAAUUCUUACAUUAACAAUAAUGUGGGCUUUUAUCCAAACAUUUAAUACGUGAAAGUGUCAACAGAUUACUUUUGCAUCGUUUAUGUUUUAAACAGAUUGUCUGCAAGAUGGUGAGUUAUUAGCAGAUGUAUCAGCCACAUGUAUCCAUAAACGUAUUUAUUUGUUGAUGUAUCCAUAAACAUUUAAAAAUAUAAUUCCUUUGGCCUAUAUAGUAGGUAUAACAUAGCCGUAUUGUCACUCAGUGUAUAUAUCCUCUGUUGCAAUAUUUAACUCAAAUCUCUCCCUCUGUGUGAUCAGUGCUGAGUUUUGUGGCCUGGACACUAAAGAGAAACAACCUCCUGGAUAUUUGAUCUCUUACCAUAAACAUUUCAUAUUCAUCCUUAUUUAUAUACAAAGCAGCAUUAUUAACUUCGAAUAAAUAUAUUACACCUUUCAUUUCUCAAAAGUAUUUUAAAGUUAAAUUGAUCACUGAUCUGAUAAAAAAAAAGUUGAUUGUAGUUAAAAUACUUUGUUUGCAUCUGCCUGUGUACCAACUCUAUCAAUACUGUGGCCUAUUGUAGCUUCUACUGUUUAGGGUUUGAUCAGUUCUCUUUCUUUUUUCAGCAGAUGAAAUAACACAGAGAUGUUACUGUAUGCUACUGAUGUUCUGUCUUUCUGUGUUUUUAAUUCCAUAGUAAAAGGAGCCCUCUAUGCAAUUAUGGGCCCAGUGUAAAGGACCAGUACACAGAAACAGGGGUACUCCAGAAAAAUUGCAACAGAGACAGCAGAGCAACUGAGUAGCAUCAGGCAAAUGCACAAGGGCUGGUUUCACAAAUAUUUUAACUUUACACAACACAAUACCAACUUUAACUGUGUGCUUUAGAUCAAGCUAACUAUGUCUAUAAAUUGAUCCAUUGCAUAAAUGUAAUGAUAUUUAAUAUCUUAAGUAAGAUUCAUUUGCUAUGGAUUCUGGGUAAAUGUGUGUGACAAUACAAAAAACUUGCUGAGUCCCAACUUAGCCUAAGGAUAACACAACUACUGUUAUUGUCAGUUAUUACUGUCAUGAAUUAGACUAAUCUCAGAGCAAAACACCAUAAACACCUCUGUCAAAUAUGUUUUUGAAAUCAGGAUAAAAGUUUGUCACAUGUCCAAGUUAAAAUAUCCCUGAUUCCAUCAUCAAGGUUAUAUUCUCAGACUUGACAGAUGGAGAAGUUUUCCUUUUGACAAGUAAACAGUAAUGUGUUAAAUUAAUGGAGUGCCCCUUAUACAGUCAGAUGAAGACCCACUGGUGUUUGUUUCCUGGUGUUAUCAAGUCGUCACUCCUGCACAACUUCACCAGGACAACAAACAGAAGUGGAGUUUGUCUACAUUCAAAUGAUUUAAAAGUAACUCCUCUGACCAUUUUUACUCAGACAAACACUUCUGACCCGUUCAUGUCUACACAGUAUCAGUGACUAUUACUCCCUCAGAGCUCUCUAACUGAUACGUCUCCUGUUCACCUGCGCCCCCCCCCCCCCACCCCCCCUCUGUUGGCCUAUUAAGCACCUGUGAUUGUGAUGUCAUCAUUGUGAAACAAUUGCCUUGUUUCCCUCGUCCCUCUUUGUCAUAUUGUGCUUCUGAAAAAUCAAAGUGAAAAAGAUUCUUUUACAUAUAAUAACAAACCCUGUAAAAAUGUUCAAGACAGUUAUUUUAUAUUAUCAGUUUCUUUUUCUUUUGUAAACAAAAUGGUUGGGAUUUCUCUCUCUUUAGUGGUCAUCCCACUGCUUUCUGUAUAUUGACCAAUAAAGACUUGUUUUAGACUCUU